AUGAAGUCCUUCAUCGGCAUCGCUUCCUUCGCUCUCGCGGCAAGCGCAGCAGUCAUCGACGAAAGGGCUGCUGUUUGUAUUGGCUGCAUUACCGACACAGUAUGUUUCGAGCUCUCCGCUCUCGACUCCAACACUUACACUCGCCCAGUAUGACGAUAAACCUGCUGCUCCUGGGGAGCCAGCGUUGACACCGGUCGGCCAGUAUCACGGCCUUCUGUACGACAGAUGGUCGGUUGUUGUAUGACUCUCGCCUACUGGGUUGUCUAUGACCCCCUAACCAUAGCUUCCAGGACCCCACUGCUCUCGACGAGGUCCUAGAUGACGUCCCACUUCUGGAACAGAUCGGCUUGGGUUUCUUGGCCGGCACCGACUUGUCUGCCGUCACCCCUGCAAGCGGCGAUCAUGUUGCCGCCUCUGGUGCCCUGGAAGGACUCACCCAGAUUGGCAAUGUGACACUCAAGCCGUUCGGCACGAUCGCCGCCGAUCCCACCAAGGGCGUCCGAUCUUUCGACGCAGACUCAUUCUAUUUCUCUUGCGCUGUCGAUGAUGCCAACUCGCUCGUUACCCCCGCCACGGGCUGCACUAUUUCAGUGACCGGUUUCUACCUCACCGGCGUGCAGACGCAGACCCUUCGGUUCACCAUCAGCCCCACCAGCAUUCUCGCGGCUCAGAUGGAGCGUGUCGAUCUACCAUUCUAUUGGCUUUACCUCAAGAAUCUUACCAUUGGUGUUGCAGAGUCGGAUGUUUUCGAUGCUCUGACGAUCAUCGAUAUUGACAACUUCCGUCAUCGUAACCAUGCCUAA